AGCGGAAGUGGGUUCCCCCCGCGGGGAGGCCGGCUGGGUCCGGUUCCGGGUGUCACCUACUUGGUGGUGCCGCUGGAGGGGGGAGGAAGAUGGCGUCGGACUUGGAGACGGAGGUUCAGGCCAUUGACAGGAGCUUGCUGGAAUGUUCCGCCGAGGAGGCUGCCGUGAAAUGGCUACAAGCAACUGAUCUUCCUAAAGAAGUAUACCUUCAUCUGGCCUACUAUGUACCCAAAAUUUACUGCAAGGGUCCUAAUCCUGCCCCACAAAGAGAAGACAUGCUAGCACAACAUGUGUUGCUGGGACCAAUGGAAUGGUAUCUAUGUGGUGAAGACCCCACAUUUGGCUUUCCAAAACUUGAGCAAGGAAACAAACCUUCCCAUCUCUGUGGUCGGGUAUUUAAAGUAGGAGAACCUACAUAUUCUUGCAGAGACUGUGCAGUUGACCCAACAUGUGUGUUAUGUAUGGAGUGCUUUUUGGGAAGUAUUCAUAGAGAACAUCGAUACAGGAUGACAACAUCAGGUGGAGGAGGUUUCUGUGAUUGUGGUGAUACGGAAGCAUGGAAAGAAGGUCCAUAUUGUCAAAAGCAUGAACUUAACACAGCAGACACCACAGAAGAGGAGGAUCCUCUGGUGCGUUUGUCGGAAGAUAUGAUAGCAAGAUCUUAUAACAUUUUUGCUAUCAUGUUUCAGUACGCAGUAGAUAUAUUAACAUGGGAAAAAGAAAAUGAAUUGCCACCUGGUUUAGAGACCAUCGAGAAGAGUGACACUUACUACUGCAUGCUUUUUAAUGAUGAAGUCCAUACAUAUGAACAAGUUAUAUAUACUCUCCAGAAAGCUGUCAACUGUACUCAGAAAGAGGCCAUUGGCUUUGCAACAACAGUAGACAGAGAUGGACGUAGAUCAGUCCGAUACGGAGACUUCCAGUAUUGUGACCAAGCAAAAUCAGUAAUAGUGAGAAAUACCAGUCGCCAGACAAAACCACUGAAAGUUCAGGUUAUGCAUUCAUCUAUUGUUGCCCAUCAGAGCUUUGGUUUGAAGCUCCUGACUUGGUUUGGCAAUAUUAUUGGAUAUUCAGAUGGCCUUCGUCGAAUAUUGUGUCAGGUUGGUUUACAGGAGGGACCAGAGGGUGAAAAUUCUUCCCUUGUGGAUAAACUAAUGCUGUCUGACUCUAAACUGUGGAAAGGAGCUAGAAGUGUGUAUCAUCAGUUAUUCAUGAGCAGUCUACUUAUGGAUUUGAAAUACAAGAAACUCUUUGCUAUCCGGUUUGCAAGAAACUAUGAGCGAUUGCAGAGUGAUUAUGUGAAAGAUGACCACGACAGAGAGUUCUCAAUUGCUGACCUCUCGGUACAGAUAUUCACAGUGCCUUCACUUGCUCGAAUGCUGAUAACAGAAGAAAAUCUUAUGACCACAAUCAUCAGAACAUUUGUGGACCACUUAAGGCACCGGGACAUCCAGGGCAGAUUUCAGUUUGAAAGAUAUACUGCCCUUCAAGCUUUCAAAUUCAAGCGGGUUCAGAGUCUUAUUUUGGAUCUCAAGUAUGUGUUGAUAAGCAAGCCAUCUGAUUGGACAAAUGACUUGAGGCAAAAGUUUCUAGAGGGUUUUGAUGCCUUCUUAGAGUUACUGAAGUGUAUGCAGGGUAUGGAUCCCAUUACACGUCAAGUAGGACAACAUAUUGAAAUGGAACCAGAAUGGGAAGCAGCAUUUACAUUACAGAUGAAAUUAACACAUGUUAUUUCAAUGAUGCAGGACUGGUGUGCUUUAGAUGAAAAGGUACUCAUUGAAGCUUAUAAGAAAUGCUUGACUGUGCUGAUGCAGUGUCACAGUGGCUUUACGGAUGGUGAACAGCCUAUCGUUCUCAGUAUAUGUGGACACUCUGUUGAGACCAUCAGAUACUGUGUUUCCCAGGAAAAAGUCAGCAUUCAUCUCCCAGUUUCCCGUUUACUUGCAGGUUUGCAUGUGUUGCUAAGCAAAAGUGAAGUGGCAUACAAGUUUCCAGAGCUGUUACCAUUGAGUGAACUUAGCCCACCUUUGUUAAUAGAGCAUCCUCUACGAUGCCUAGUUUUAUGCGCCCAAGUGCAUGCAGGGAUGUGGAGAAGAAAUGGGUUCUCUCUUGUUAAUCAAAUCUAUUACUAUCAUAAUGUGAAAUGCAGAAAGGAGAUGUUUGACAAAGACAUAAUAAUGCUUCAGACAGGUGUAUCUAUGAUGGAUCCAAACCAUUUCUUGAUGAUAAUGCUGAGUCGCUUCGAACUUUAUCAUAUAUUUAGCACUCCAGACUAUGGCAAAAGAUUUAAUGCUGAAAAUACCAAUAAGGAUGUAGUUCAGCAGAAUAAUACUCUUAUAGAAGAAAUGCUAUAUCUAAUUAUUAUGAUUGUUGGUGAAAGAUUUAGUCCUGGAGUAGGACAGGUAAAUGCUACAGAUGAAAUCAAGCGAGAAAUUAUCCAUCAGUUGAGCAUCAGACCCAUGGCCCACAGUGAAUUAGUAAAAGCAUUACCAGAAGAUGAAAACAAAGAGACUGGAAUGGAAAGUGUGAUUGAAUCCGUUGCCUGUUUCAAAAAACCUGGAUUAACAGGCAGAGGAUUGUAUGAACUUAAACCAGAAUGUACCAAGGAUUUCAAUCUCUAUUUCUAUCACUUUUCAAGGGCAGAGCAAUCUAAGGCAGAAGAGGCACAAAGGAAGCUGAAAAGACAAAACAGGGAAGAUACAGCACUUCCGCCUCCUGUUCUGCCUCCUUUCUCUCCUCUUUUUGCAAGCCUGAUUAAUAUUCUGCAGUCUGAUGUCAUGUUGUGUAUUAUGGGGACAAUACUCCAGUGGGCAGUGGAACAUAAUAACUCUGCCUGGUCAGAGUCCAUGCUGCAGAGGGUUUUGCACUUGAUUGGAAUGGCACUACAAGAAGAAAAACAACACCUAGAGAAUCUCAAUGAAGAGAAUGUUGUAACGUUUACCUUCACUCAGAAGAUCUCAAGACCUGGUGAGGCACCAAAUAAUUCUCCUAGUAUAUUAGCUAUGCUAGAAACUUUGCAAAAUGCACCUCAUCUGGAAGUUCAUAAAGACAUGAUCAGAUGGAUACUGAAGACUUUUAAUGCUAUCAAAAAACUGAGAGAGAGCUCUUCUACAAGUCCUGUGCCAGAGACUGAAGGAAAUAUUAUAGAAGAGGCUACACGAGAUAAAGAUAAAGCUGAGAGGAAGCGAAAAGCUGAGAUUGCCAGGCUGCGCAGAGAGAAGAUCAUGGCUCAGAUGUCAGAGAUGCAACGACACUUUAUUGAUGAGAACAAAGAACUUUUUCAGCAGACUUUAGAAGAACUAGCUACUUCAACUUCUAGAGUACUUGAUAAUAGUCCUACAGUUUCAGAUACAAAGCUUACAGCUUUGGGUCCAAAGCAAACUAGAGUGACUGAACGGAGACAGGUAGUUACCUGUAUAUUGUGUCAAGAAGAACAAGAGGUCAAAGUGGACAGCAGGGCUAUGGUCUUGGCAGCAUUUGUUCAGAGAUCUACUGUAUUGUCUAAAAACCGGAACAAAGUUAUUCAGGAUCCUGAAAAAUAUGACCCACUAUUCAUGCAUCCAGAGCUGUCAUGUGGAACACACACGGGUAGCUGUGGACAUAUUAUGCACGCCCACUGUUGGCAAAGGUAUUUUGAUGCUGUUCAAGCAAAGGAACAACGAAGGCAACAAAGAUUACGUGUGCAUACAAGUUAUGAUGUAGAAAAUGGUGAAUUCCUUUGCCCUCUAUGUGAAUGUUUAAGUAACACUGUUAUUCCUCUGCUUCCUCCACCAAGGGGUUUAUUUAACAGGUUAGAUUUUUCAGAUCAACCAAAUCUAGCUCACUGGAUGAGAACAAUAUCCCAGCAAAUCAAAGCAUUAUAUAUACUUUGCAAUGAAGAAACGGCUGAUAAUUCUUGUGGUAACUCAGAAAAAAUGGAUGAGCUACAACUACCUAAAGGAUUUAGGCCAGACUUCCAACCAAAGAGUCUUUAUUCUGAAAGCGUUAAAGAGAUGCUGACAACAUUUGGCACUGCAACAUACAAAGUGGGACUUAAGGUGCAUCCCAAUGAAGAAGAUCCACGUGUACCCAUAAUGUGCUGGGGUAGCUGUGCUUACACAAUACAGACUAUAGAACGGAUUUUAGCUGAUGAAGAUAAACCAUUAUUUGAACAUUUACCUUGCCGACAGGAUGACUGCCUUACUUCAUUAACAAGGUUUGCAGCAGCACACUGGACAGUUUCAUCUCUUUCAGCAGUACAGGGUCACUUUUGUAGACUCUUCACAUCACUGGUGCCUAAUGAAAAAAAUGGAACUCUUCCAUGCAUACUUGAUAUUGACAUGUUUCAUUUAUUGGUAAGCUUGGUGCUUUCUUUUCCUGCUGUAUACUGUCAGGAUUUUUCAGGGGUUAGUCUUGGCACUGGAGAUCUUCACAUCUUCCAUCUUGUCACAAUGGCGCACAUAGUACAAAUUUUACUUACCUCAUCAACAGAAGAAAAUGGCAUGGACCAAGAAAACCCUAAUGGUGAAGAAGAAGUUGCAGUGCUUACUUUGUAUAAAUUUCUUUGCCAACAUACAGGAAGUGCCUUGAAAGAAAUGUCCUCAGGCUGGCAUCUGUGGAGAAGUAUAAAAGCUGGGAUUAUGCCUUUCCUGAGAUGCUCUGCUUUGUUUUUCCAUUAUUUAAAUGGAGUUCCAGCACCAUCAGAAAUUCAAGUCACAGGGGCAAGCCAGUUUGAACAUAUAUGUAGCUAUCUUUCCCUGCCAAACAACCUAAUUUGCCUUUUUCAAGAAAACAGCAAAAUUAUGAACACUUUAGUAGAAAGCUGGUGUAGUAACAGUGAAGUAAAAAGGUACCUAGAAGGCAGGAGACAAGCCAUAAGCUAUGCAAGAGAAUCUAACAAAUUAAUAGACCUUCCAGAUGAUUACAGCUGUCUCAUUAAUCAAGCAUCUAAUUUCUUGUGUCCAAAAUCAGGUGGUGAUAAAAGCAGAGCACCAACAUUGUGCCUUGUAUGUGGGACCAUGCUAUGUUCUCAGAGUUAUUGUUGUCAAACGGAGUUAGAAGGGGAAGAUGUUGGCGCCUGUACUGCACAUACAUAUUCAUGUGGCUCUGGAGUGGGCAUAUUUCUCAGAGUACGAGAAUGCCAAGUGCUGUUUUUAGCUGGAAAAACCAAGGGCUGCUUUUAUGCUCCUCCCUAUCUUGAUGACUAUGGAGAGACAGACCAGGGACUCAGGCGUGGGAAUCCCUUACACCUGUGUAAAGAACGGUUUAAAAAGAUUCAAAAACUCUGGCAACAGCACAGUAUCACAGAAGAAAUUGGACAUGCACAAGAAGCAAAUCAAACACUAGUUGGCAUUGAUUGGCAGCAUUUAUAAUUUGUUAUAAUCUGAAGACUGGAACUUUAUUUAUGAUGAUUUUUGUAACCUAGUAAGUUUUUUCCAAACAAAAGAGGGAGUUGAGAAAACUGAGGAAAAUAAAGAGACAAUUCCAGUCCUUCUAUUUACUUUUUGUUUUCCAAUUUGUUUUGAAAAGUUCCUGGUUACAAUAACCAUGUUAACUUUUUUUUCGAUGUAAGCAGGUUUUACCAGUAGUAUUAUUUGCACUGUACUUCCUUCCCCUGAAACUUCUUGGGGAUAUAGAACUUGGGCAAAUGAACUUAAGUUUUUGGUGCAAAAGAAUGACUCCUCUUGGAAAUCUGACUCUGAUUAUUUUCUAAAUGAAUUAACAAGAGGAAAAAAAACUGCUGAAAUGGAGAUUAGAUUGAGCACAAUUAUGGAUUGUGUUUUGCCCUUUGCUUGUAAUCUGAGCCAUUUCACUUUAUUUAUUACUCUGCGUUUUAACACUUAAACUAUGUAAGUGAGAUGGAAUAAAGUAAGGAUGAUAAUAAUGUAGCAAAUGGAUGUAUCUGUCUGCAUCAAUGGAUAAACUUUGUGUAUCUAAAAUUAUUUUGUAAUUCAUAUUUUUAUGAUUUUUUUGCCUUCUAUUUGAUUUUCUUUUUGCUGAAAACUAACACUUGCUAACAAGUAAAACAAUUUAAUUUAAAGCUAUAACUGGAGCAUUGCACACCUUAUGAAUAUUGUGUGGUUUGCAGUUUUAGUGCAACAGGGAAACCCUUUCAUUUUCCAUAAUGUGAUUGUUUUCCCAAAUUUAAAGGGUUGAUGUAUUUCAGACGGUUUAAGGCAAUGGAAAUAUAUAGUCAUAUGAAAGGUGAUUUUGUGUUAAUUUGAAGAGGCCCAUCUCUCAAGAUGCAAAUCCUACUUAAAUCUUAAUUGCAGUUUAUUGAUUCCAGGUUUCCAAAUAGAAACCCUCAGACAAAAAAUAAACCUUUUUUUCUGUGUAUGAAGGACACAAGUCACAGAGCAUUUAUGUUUGCUACUGUUCAUUUUCUUUCAGUUGUAUCAAGUACAUUUACUUUCUGACAUAGCAAACACUUUACUAAAGCUCUGGAAAGAUGUUUGUCUAUAGUAUAUUUUAUAAAUAUAAUCUAUACCUGCACAGAUUUUGCACUUGGUGUGUGAGUGCCUGAAGGCAGUGAGUUUUCUAGUUAAAUAUAGUAAAUGCCAUGUUAGACUUCCCCUCCGCCCCCCACUAAAUCUCUAAAAGACAUGGUUUGUGAUAGAAAAUCCAUAACCUUUAAUGCCUUUCAAGUUUUGGUAAGUUACUAAAACAAUUUAUUUACAUAGCUCUGAUUUUUAAGAAUCAAAGUGAUUCUUUUACUAAGUCUUGCUUUCUUCUUCAGCCCAAACAAGCAGUACUUUCAAUGGCUGCUGUCUUCAUUUACAAUAGGUUUGAAUGGUUUGGUUUUUUACAGAUGUAAUGUUUCAGAAUAAUUUUGUAUAUGUUACAGUGUACAGGACAGUUCUCCACAGGCUUGGAAAUAGUCUUGAGUUAAGAUAUAGACAUAAUACAAAAUAGAGAAACUGAAAAAUUAUAAGUACUUAUUUUUAAGGCUGCUAUUAGAUAUGACACUCUAGUUUCUAAUGGCCCUGAUCUUCAAGUGUCUAUCUCACUUUUUUAUAGAAGAGUUGCAAAAUCUGCAGGAAGAAAAUCAGCAUUAAAGUUUCAUCAGUCUACUUUCCUCUCCUUAGUUAUAGCAUCAAUUUCUUGUUGUGCAGGUCAUAUAAAAAUUUUCUUCUGCAACACAAUUUCUUUGACUGAAAGGCUUGCUGCUUCUGCUUUAUUCCACAUGUCCAGGAAACUUUUGUAGUUAAAAUUGCAUUGAAAAUAGUUUUAUCAUGGAUGUAGUUAUUCCAGAAAUAACAGUGUUGUCUGCCACAAUUUGUUACAUUGACAGAUUUCCUGGGUAAAUCAAAAUAUUGAUAGAAGGCACUUUUCUCAUUUUUCUGAGAUGGAGAAGGAUGAAUGGAUUCGUUGAAUUAUGGCUGCAAAACUAGCAAAGUACACAAUUUAUCCUAUUUUUAGUGAGAUUAGUCGUUCUUACUUAAUCCAUUUUCUUUUCUGAUUUUUUUUUUUGCAUGUAUUUAUGUUCACUGUAGAAAUAUUUAUAAAACAUGGUUUCAAUAUCAGGGAAAAAAUACAUGUAAUAAAUUGGCUAUAACUUUAAUAUCUGUGGACUACUUGUAAAAUUUGGAAUGUAUCAUAUGUAAAAAAAUGAGAGUAUCAAAAUAAAUGCUUUAGGUGUUGACAUUAAAUACUUUUAAAAUUUUAUUUUUAGAAAAAGUUGUUCUGAGCUUUGGAAUUGUUAACUUUGAUUACCUUGUUGCUCCAUAGUGUUAAUCACAGGAUAAGGGAAAUACCUAGAUAUGCAACACUUGCAAUUCUCUGACUAAAAAUUUAAGAUGAUUAUAAUAUUAGUGUCAGUUACUUCAGUUAGCUAACUCUGUCUUGACCUCUACUGAAAAGUCUGAUCAUCAUUUAGCAGAGUGAUACAUUUUUUUUAAAGAGCUAAUGAGUAAACAAUUGAAGCUCACUCAGAAGUAAAUUAAACAGGAAAAACAAAACCUGCUAUUUAUUUUCACAAAAGGUAAGAUAUGUUGCCUUUUCUGUUGCAAACUACUAUGCACAUUAAAAAAAAAUAGCAUUCAGGUCUGCGAUUCUUUUGUGCUUCAUUCAUAACUGUCCAGAGAUCUGAGUCUCCUGUUCAUGUCCGCUAAUUACCUGGUUGCAGUUGUGCAGCUUCAAAAUGUAAGUUGUAAUCUGUUGUAUAACAUUUGUAAUGAAUGAUUGUCUUAUUUAUGUUACAGCACACCUACUUAGUAAGUGAAACUUACUGAAGCCCCAAACCUGUAGUUAUUCAGGGAAGAUAACACUUCUUUCUACCAUAGGAAACCCUCUUACUAUGGUGUAAAAACCAUAUAGUACAAGUUGUUUGCUAAGACCAUUGGUUCCCACAAGUCUGCUUUAACUACUGUGCUUUCUGUUGGUUGAGAAUACCUGGUGCUAGCUCCAUUGCAAUUGUCUUCUGUAUCCCCCUAUAUCUAUCUAUCUCUCUCUCACAGACACACACAC